AUGUUUUUGGCACCGCAAGACCGUCUGGUGGAGUGUACACAGUCCUCUGAUCAGCAGCAGGAUGACGCUGGGCGAUAUGCAAUUGCCAAGAAUGAUAUCUCUCCAGGUGAGUUGGUAUUUGUAGCUGCCCCGUACGUUGUCUCAUUAAAUCCCAAUAGGACCCCCAGCGCAAUGCAUAUCGUGUCCAAGGUGGGAGAGUGGGAGACUGUCUCGGGUCGCACAGAAAAUACAAAGACACAAACAACAAAGGCUAAAAAGAAGGGUAAAUCAUUACCUGUAUCAGAUAAAAAUGACUAUAUACCGUUGAUUUCAACUUCAACAUUGUGUUGCAAUUGUCUGAAACGCAUUCCGGUGGGUACGGCUUUUUUAAACUAUGAGACUAUUAAGCAGGUUUCUGAUGACAUCGUAAUUGAACACGCCGAACGUGAGGAAAGACAACGGCAAAAAGAAGAAGAAGAAGCAUCAGGUGAAAAAAUUCACAGUACUCUUGAAGAGGGAGAAGGUGCUGAGGAUGAUAUUGAUAAGAAAAAAAAAGAAGAAUUGCAAAAACCUACAAAGUCUACUCGUAUGCGUUCAAAAAAGUAUAUUGAUAUGAAACAAAAAAUGUUAAAGGCUUCUACAGCACAACGUGAAGCGGCCAUGUACGAAAAUCACAUGAAGAUAAUGCAAUUUCAGGAUCUAAAAGAGUUAUCAUGGCCAGAACGUAUAAUAGAAGAACAGAAAGAUCUUCCUGAAGAUGUGUUAAAUCAAGGUAUCUGUGGAUGCUCCGGUUGCGGUGUGGUUGUGUACUGCUCGAAGGAGUGCUGGAUAGAAUUUCAUGAGAUACACAAAACGACAGGUGCUUGCGAAACCUUAAGAAGUGUAUAUCCACCUAUUAUGAGAGCACUUUCAGCACGUAUGGGAGACAACAAAAAGAAAGUACCGACAGGACAAUUAUCUUUAGACUCGUGGAGCGUAAAGCACUGGCUCCAGAGAACCAGUGAGGAGACAGCAUGGGAAAUACAGUCAUUACUAUUCGCAGCUCUGUUAGUGGCACGGUGUGUAAAGGAUGGUUAUGCAAGUCAUAUGUCAGAAGGAGAAGAAGAGAAUAUUGUUUCAGAAGAUACCAAUGAAAGCUCCACUAAAAGUGAUAAUAAUAGUACUGAAAGAAAAGAAGGUACUUCAUCAGUUUCUACUGAAAAAGAUUUAUCAGCUACAGGAAACGCAAGAGUCUCAUUUACUUUGGACUCUACUAUACCUAACGAGGUAAAGAUGAUUCGUGCAUCACGUGUACGAAGUGGUACUAUGAUAGAGGUACUGGAUUCAAAAGCUGUUGAACGUGAACAUAAUGAUAAUAAUAGUGCAGAAACUUCUGAGGAACCAAAGCUUCUUAUCUCUGUAAGUAAUCACACAGUGGUAGGUAUUGGAACAAGUAAAGAACCAACACACGCUAUUCGAGACCCUCGUUGGUUUGAUACAGCUCAACUCAUUACAAAUAUUUCCGUAUUGAAUAAAGAAUCACGAAGUACCUUCCGAAACUACUAUCGUCGAUUUGUAAAACUUGUACUUCCUUGGUUGGAUGGAGGUAAUGAGAGCACAGAUUCUACACUCAAAGUUUCUUCUUCUUUUUUUAAUCGUAUUAGUGCUGCAGCGCAAUGCAAUAGUUUUGGUUUAUUUGAUCCUAAAGGGGAAUGUUUGGGUGUCGCUCUUUACCCAGAGGCGUCGUACUUUAACCACAGUUGUCUUCCAAAUAUUUGCCGUGUAAAAUGUCGUGGACGUCUGGCCGCAUUUUAUGCCCUUCGAAAGAUUCGUAAAGGAGAACCCCUCACAAUAUGUUACGUGGAUGUUGAGGAGAAAUCAACGGCAGAGCGUCGCCGUACUCUGCUUGACUCCUAUCGCUUUUACUGCCAAUGUGAACGCUGUCACGGAUGUGCCACCACCACCACCACCACCACCACAUCAACUACUACUGCUACUAAUACCACUACUAAUACCACUACUAAUACAAGUAAUGGAACUACUACUACUACUACUACUACUACUACUACUGCUACUAAUAAUAAUAAUAAUAAUAAUAAUAAUAAUAAUAAUAAUAAUAAUAAUAAUACUACCACUGUUAUUGCACCGGGAGUACGACUCUGUGAUGCCUGUGAUGCACAUGGUUAUUUGAGACCCGUGCCACCCAUUGGGUCUUCUUCUUGGGAUAUGGAUGAGGUGCAGGAGUUCGAAUGCACCAUAUGUUACCACCGCGUUUAA